GGCAAACAGAAGGUAGGAGAUAUUGGAAGAAAGCAUUAAGAUAUUGGAAGGAACCCUAGUUGCUUAACAAGUGGGGCAAGGAAUCGGCAUCCUGAUGCUUCACAUGGCUGCUUCAAUUGGAUCUCAUACACCAAAUCCUCUUCAAAGAUGAGAGACUGCUUGGUGCACUUGAAGAAAUGGGAUUCUCCAGGGCCCUAGCUGAGAAGGCAAUUUAUUCUGGGAAUUCGACCAUCGAGGCUGCUGUGAAUUGGCUUGCUGACCAUGAGUAUGAUACUAGUGCAGCUGCACACGAAAAGCAAAUGACUCAGACUCAGGAGGUGAACAUCUAUAUUGGAGGAUCUAACUCCUUUCAUGCCUCCGAACAAGUUAUGUUGAAAGCUCAUGAGCUAAGGAAUGAAGCACGAAAAAGACGAGCAGAUCAAGAGGAGAAACUAGAAAGAGAAAGAGAGAAGGAAAGGAUUCGAGCGGGUAAAGAAUUGAUGGAGGCUAGACGAGCAAUGGAGGAGAGUGAAAGGAAAAGGUAUCUAGAUCAAAGAAAAGCAGAGAAAGAGGAAGAGAGACGAGCACGAGAAAGAAUUCGCCAGAAACUGCUGCAAGACAAGUUAGAAAGGCGGGGGAUGCAUGGAUUGCCUACGGAAGAGCCUGUGCCUGUGAAAACUGAUAUGGUAUUCCCGAAAUCACCGAAGCAGGUCGAUCGUGCAAACCCUUAUACAGUCAGGGAUCGCAUGGGAGAAUGUUUAAGAUCUAUUAAGCUACAAAACAAGAACAAAGAUGCUAAAGCUGCACGGUCAUUCCAAACUCUCUUGAUUUACGUGAGAAAUAUUAUCAACAGCCCAGAUGAAAGGAAGUUCAGGAAGAUCCGACUCAGCAAUCCAACAUUUCAGGAAAGAGUAGGGAUAUAUGAAAGAGGGAUCGAGUUUCUUGAGCUCUGUGGGUUUCAGAGAGUCGAGGGAGAUAAAUUUUUGGUGCUACCCGAUGAAAAACUCGAUAUGAGCACACUGAAGCUAGCUUGGACUGAGCUGCAGAAUGCUCUCACAAAUCCAUUCUUUGGACUUUUUUCGGCAUAAGCUAUAUAUGUAUAUGUAGCCGAUUGCUGAAUUGCUUCUAAAUUAGAUCAGAGAAUUGAAAUGGUGAUUUAUUAGUAAGUGUUUGAAUAUAGGCGUUCUCAAUGUAUGUAUAAUUUGUUAAACACGCACUUGUUGGACUAAACCCUAUCAACGCUUUAGCAUAUCUGGACACUUUAACGUAGUCUCGACUAUUUAAUAUAUUCGG